AUGGACGUGCUCGCCGGGCGGAAGACGACGGGCACGAUCGUGGGCGAGGUCCGCUUCAACGGCGCCACGUGCUUGAAGAAGAACAUCAAGCACCUCUGUGGCUAUGUCGAACAGUUUGACAAUCUCGUUGAGGCGCGCAAAGCGCCAUCGAUAUCAACUCGCGACAGCGGCAUACAGCACUGCCAGCCAGCCUAUUCCUCCUCCUCAAGGGCUGUACUAUGGCCAUAUUGCGCCUCGUCACACAGUCGGUUGUGCGGUCAGGUGCUCAGCGUCGAGCAGAUGCUCAUGUACACCGCCGAGCUCAAGCUGCCCGCGCUGACGCGGGCGCAGAAGCGCGAGCGGGUGGAGGAGGUAAUCGCGCAGCUGCGUCUCGAGGGCUGCCGCAAGACGGUCAUUGGCGGCGAGCUCGUCAAGGGCAUCUCGGGCGGGCAGAAGAAGCGUGUCAACAUCGGCCUCUCGCUCAUCACGCGGCCGCCCGUCCUCUUCCUCGAUGAGCCAACGACCGGCCUCGACUCGGCGAUGGCGGACGAGGUGUGCGCAGUCAUGUCCCUCCUCGCCGCGCAGGGCCGUACCGUCGUCGCGACCAUCCACUCGCCGACUGCGAGCGCCUUCUCGCUCUUCGACGACCUUCUCAUGCUGCGCGACGGGCAGCUCGUCUACGCCGGAGAGUGCGGCGACGCCGCCGCCGACUACUUUUCGAAGCGGGUCGGGCUGCGGCCGCUCGAGAUGGGCGAGUCGAUGCCGGAGUGGCUGGCGGAGCUGGCGCUGGCGCACGGCGACGGCACCAAGCCGCCGGUGGCGGUGCCGGCGCACUUGCGGCGUGCGUCGCCGCUGAGGGCGAUCCUCAUCCUGCUUAAGUACCGCGCGCUGACCGACUACCGCGACCCCGUCUACUUGGGGCCGCGCAUCGGCGACAAGCUCGUCUUCUCGCUCAUCGUGCUCACGCUCUACCUGGGCGAGGGCGGCGAGAUGGCGCCCGCAAAGGUCGCGGGCGUCACUGGCAUACUCUUCAUGGUGACGGCGCUCUGCGGCUACGGCGCCGCCUCGGUGGAGGGCUUCCUGUGCGUCUUCACGUCGCUCCUCUUCACCGUCGUCAUCUUCUGGGGCGUGCAGUUCCAGGGCAGCUUCUUCAUCCUGAUGCUCUCCUACUACCUGGUGACAAUGAUCUCGAUCGCACUCGCCUAUGCCAUCGCCUCGCUCGCGCCGACGCUCGAGGCGGCCUCCGCGAUGCUGCCGACUUACGUCACCACGGUCAUGUUCGUGGCGGGGCUCAUCAUGCUCACGGACGAGAUCCCGUCGCAGUGGGCGUGGUACGGCUGGACGUCCUUCAUCCGGUACGGCUGGGCGGCGAUGAUGAACAACCAGUUCCAGGGCCACCCGAACGGCGAGGCCAAGCUCUUCCUCGACGCAAACGGCACGGCCAUCACCGUGCUCGACUUUUACGGCCUGCGCGGCCCGGUGCUGGGCGACAAGUGGGCGUGCAUCGGCAUGCUCGUGGCCAUCUUCGCCGUCUUCUUCACGUGCGGCCUCGGCGUCCUCAGCAACAUCCGGCACGAGCGAAGGUAG